AUGUUUACGUCGCAACCGCAAUUGGCGUACGCGCCGACUCCGUACAGCUACACUCCCUCAAGCAAUCUUGCAGCAAGUAUAAAUCUCGAUGCAGAGGUCAAACUCGCCGACAGUGCAGCGGAGCGAGACUUGUAUGAAUCACUCGCAGAGAUCUACAGCAUAAUCGUCACUCUCGAUGCUCUAGAGAGAGCGUACCUACGUGACAGCAUCAAGGAAUCCGAAUACACUGAGACCUGUGACCGUCUCCUACGCCAGUACAAGAGCAAUCUUGCCGAUGAAAGCGUGUCUAUUGCCUUCGGCGAUCUCGAAAGGUUCAAGGCAGAGUGGAAUCUAGAAGCACCCAAAGCUACUGAUCGGCUGAGGAUCGGUCUUCCAGCGACGGUCGAAGCAGGUCGUGGUCCGUCUCAUGGAGAUGGUCAAUUGUCGUCUGCUGGAGCUGGCGCCGCGAAUGCGAGCGCAAUCGUAUCAGCUUCCGAAAAUUUCAUAACGCUGUUCGACGCCGUGCGGAUGAACAUUCUCUCGAAGGACACAUUGCAUCCUAUCUUGGUCGACACGAUACAGUCUGUGAACAAGGUCACGGGACGUGACUUCGAGAAUAAGGGCAAGAUUGUGCAGUGGCUGAUCACCCUUAACCAAAUGCGCGCGGCCGAAGAAUUGACUGCUGAGCAAGCACGCGAACUUCAGUUCGACCUCAACGCCGCAUACGAGGGCUUCAAAGCAACACUUGACUGA